CGAACUGGUGGACGCCAAUAGUUAUGUUCACAAUUGCUAUUGUUAGGCGUGAAUUGCUAGAAGUGGUAUCUUUUUUUGCAGAGGAAAAAAAAAAGUGUGAAGUAUCGUUACUAAAAGUGUUUCCCCGAAUAUGAAGAGCUUUAGAAGCUUUGGAAAUAAUUCCUUUAAAAAAGAUAUCAGUUAGGAGAUACUCUCCAGUCAAAAUUACGAGAUGCCAUCGAGCAGGGAUAAAGGUGAUAAAGGAGGAAACAGUGAAAAAGUUAUUUGUGAAAUGGAUCCUUCACGAAAUACGGAAGGUGUUGAGUUGCAACCCUGCGGAGUGGAUAAUAAGUGUUUUGUGCCUGAAGCCGAGGAAUUAAAACAACUCACAAAAAUUGCACCGAUCAAAGAUGACCCCAACCGCAUUACGUCACUUCAAAAACCUAAAAGGUAUCCAUGGAUAGUGGAGAAAAUCUAUAUCUUAACAUGGAUUAGGGAUUAUAACAGAGAACAAGCUGUUUCUGAUUUAAUAGCAGGAAUAACGCUCGGUUUAACCAUAAUUCCCCAAAGUUUAGCAUAUGCUGCCUUAGCAGGACUUCCUUCCCAAUAUGGUUUAUAUGCGGCAUUUAUGGGAUCUUUAAUUUACGUGUUCUUCGGUACAGUGAAGGAAGUAUCCAUUGGACCUACGAGUUUAAUGUCGCUUCUAAUCCUUCAGUACACAUUCCAUAAACCGCCUGAGUUUGCUGUCGUGCUGGGAUUCAUGGCUGGUUUGAUGGAGCUGUUGAUGGGGCUACUUAAAUUAGGAUUCAUUGUGGACUUCAUAUCAGCUCCGGUUACAAGUGCUUUCACCUCAGCAACUGCAAUAAUUAUCAUUGGAUCGCAGCUUAAAAAUCUCCUGGGGAUAAAAUAUGAGUCAAAAGGGUUUUUUGAUUCAAUUGUUGAACUUUGCAAGAGGAUUGGACGCACUUCGCUUGGCGAUAGUACCCUAGGCCUAAUUGUCAUUCUGUUUCUUCUGGGUUUAAGGCAAAUUACCAGGAUUCCAAUUAACACAGACAAUAAACGAGGAAAGUUAAUCAAGCGGGCUAUUUGGUACUUGAGUAUUUCACGGAACGCCUUGGCGGUUUUGAUUACCUCAGUCGUUGCUUACAAUUGGGCAGCUCACCCCCACAUCAAACUGCCGUUUGUCUUGUCAGCGCAUGUGGAACCAGGCAUACCCAGUUUUAAUCUACCACCAUUCCAUUUUACUCAUGGGAAUACGACAUAUACCUUCUUCCAUAUUAUCGGAGAACUAGGGUCUGGUAUUUUUGUAAUACCAGUUGUUGCAGUUCUGGCUAAUGUUGCAAUUGCUAAAGCAUUUGCUACUAGCGGAGUUAAUGCCACUCAGGAAAUGUUAGCUUUAGGAUUGUGUAACUUGAUUGGCUCCUUCUUCAAAUCAUCCCCAACUUGUGGAGCUUUUACUAGGUCAGCUGUUAGUCAAGCUAGUGGUGUACGUACCCCACUAGCAGGAGUCUAUUCAGGAACAAUGGUGUUACUUGCUCUCAGUUUGCUGACGCCUUACUUCCAUUUCAUUCCAAAGUCAACCUUAGCAGCAGUUUUGAUAUGUGCAGUCAUAUUCAUGAUCGACCUUCAAAUAGUUUGUAAAUUAUGGCGUGAAAGUAAGAGGGACUUAAUUGGGUGGUUCGCAUGUAUCAUACCUUGUUUGGUGCUAGGUGUCGAGAUUGGACUACUCUGCGGUGUCAUAGUUAACGUUUUCCACCUAGUGCUGCAAUGGUCAAGACCAAAAAUCGAAGUUCGACUAGAAGAGACCGAAAAUAUGCAAUAUAUUUAUGUUUUCACCGAAGCGGGCAUCUACUUCUCAGGCAUAGACUUCUUACGUGAAAAAAUUCUCGACGCAUGCAACGCAGCUAAUUUCAAAAUUCCCGUCGUCCUUGAUUGUAAGAAAGUUUCAGGGCUUGAUUUUACGGCCAUUCGCGGUCUUCAUAUUCUGGCAGAAGAUCUACAUAAAAAAGAUGUCCUGUUGAUUUUUACUAAUAUGGAGGAUACCUUACAAAACAAUAUUGAUACCGCAAAACAUGUGUCAAUCUGCACCAAGGAAUUUCCCUUGAAAGAAAUUCUCAUCCAGGAAAAUAUACAGAAAGGACGGUAUAGUUUCCAUUUGGGAUACACAAGCGUAGAACCAGAGGUUAAAGUGGAAAGUUGAAAUUGAACUAAAAAAGAAUUGAAGAAAAGAGAAUUUGUAAUUACCGUAUUAAGGAUAGCAUUACCACUUGUAAAUAAACAAACAGGACUAUAUAUUAU